AUUUUCCCAGCACUCCCAACAAGAGCUGCGUGUCAUUCAACUCAUGGCCAACCUGCUGCCAUAAAAAAGUAACAAGUAUUUUAUAUACUUUUACAACGCACAAAUCUGUCUAUUUUUGACCUUUAACAACUAAUGUAAGUUUAUUUUUCCUCAAAACACUCCUAACUUGCUUAAAGAACCCAACAGCUGGAGGGAUUUAGUACUGCUUUACGGAAGCCGGUGUUACUUUGUUAAACAUGGCUGACGAUUUUGGCUUUUCGGCCUCCGACAACGGAGUUCAUGCAGAAGAAGAUCCGGCCGCGGCGUUUCUGGCCCAGCAGGAGAACGAGAUCGCGGUGAUCGAGAACGACAGCGCCGGGUUCGGUGCGCUGGAGGACGGCGUACCUCCGUCCGCGAACACCUACACGGCGUUCGGAGGUGAUUUUGGAGACGAACCAGCCACUGCUGUAAACGGAGAUUUGUUUCAGGACACCAACGGCACAGCUGACAGCUACUCAGCCAUUGCCCAAGUCGACAUGCAGAGACAAGAACCUGAGAGCCUGCGAAAAUGGAGGGAGGAACAAAAGGCUCGGCUGGAGGAAUUAGAUGCAGCCUCUAAAGCAGCUGAGGCUGUGUGGAGGGAAAAGGCCCGGAAGGAACUAGAGGACUGGCAUGUACACCAGAAUGAACAGAUGGAGAAGAAUAAAGCCAACAACAGGAUCGCUGAUAAGGCUUUCUACAAACAACCCAACUCUGAUGCCAUAGGCUUUGUAGUGUCAGAGGAGGCCUUCCUCAAGGAGUGCGACGAUGACAGUCCUGGAACAGAAUGGGAGAAAGUGGCCCGUCUAUGUGACUUUAACCCCAAAACCAGCCGUCAGACUAAAGACGUCUCUCGGAUGCGUUCCGUUCUUAUUUCUCUAAAACAGAUGCCUCUGGUUCGCUAAUGUAACUCCCUCUGGUAUUUCCUAGGCUUUCUUUCUGAUCCCUCUUGCACUUUAUUUUAAUGAGGCUGAACACUUUAACAGAUUUAAGCUUUCAUGUUUUUAAAAAGGGUCAUUGAAUGUGUAUGCUUUACUGUAUUUAAAAUUCCUAUUUAUGUACCCUGGUGUUUUGCAAAGACUUUGGCAGUUCCAUAUGUUAAAGAACAUAUUGUAAGUGUGCCUCGAUCCAUUGAAAACAAGUCAAGUUUUUCCCUUAAUCCCAAGCUACAUGAAAGACGGCAGAUGUAGCCAAAAGUAUUUUGGUUAGCUUGCAAGUUAUUUUUGUGAUUGUCACGACAUUUGCAGAGCAGACAGCAUUAAUUCACUGGAACCACUGGUCUUUAUUGCCUUGUUACACAGGAAAUGGAAGUGUUUGGUUACAUUCCACACGUGAACACAGUUUAGUUACCAUCUCUCACCCUAUAUAGUAUUUGUUUUUUAACCAAUUUAUUUGUUUUCCUAAGUUGUAAUCAGUAUCUGGGUUUGGCAUUAUCUGCAUUUGUGUAUUUCUGUUCACUGCCAAGAGGGACGUUACAUUUCUGAGCUUGCUAAGGUUCUCGUUUUAUUAUCGUUUACACAUUACCACUUUUCAAUAUUUAAAUAGUUAUUAGCUAAGAGUGCAGUUUUAAUUCAAUGUGCAUGUUGCCCAUUAAAGCUUCUAUUAUACUUAAAAUAGAAGAAAUCUUUUACAGAUGAAGGAGAAAUACUCAGAUUUAACCUGCUAAUAUACCACUCCACGGAAAUCCUUAAUGGCACAUUAAGCACAUGCCUGUGUUUCCAUAGUGGUUAAUGUUUUCUGUUAUGUUACUAUAUACAUAAGGAACUAAUAAUAAGAAGUUUGAACCGUG